CCCAGCACAUGAAAACCUUUGUGCACGAUUCCUGCGGAAAAGAUUUGAGCAGAUCUGGUAAUACAACGUUUUUCUCUCCCAAACCAACAUAUCCCAACCAAAUCCUUGGAUACACUUAAAAUACAAAGACAUCUGCCUCCAAGAAAAUGUGGAAGCUCUCACUUUCAAAAUCCUUCACCAAAAUGAGCAAGAAAUUAAGUCCCAAAAUAGUGAACUAUAAAAAGACUAGACUUGGCCAAUAUAUGUUGAUUAAAAGAUCAGUGAAUAUCAAGGAAAGAUGGCCUCAUACCCUAACAAGUUGAUAGCUCAGGUGGCAUUCAAGGCGGGCGGCGACGUGUUUCAUCAGCUGGUGGCUAAUAAUCCCCGCCACCUGACCAAUGCCACCCCUGGAAAGAUUCAGGAGUGUAAGCUGCAUCAAGGCGAUUACGGAGUUAAUGGCUCCGUCAUCGAAUGGAGCUACACCGUUGAUGGGAAAGCUCAGACAGCAAAGCAAGUGCUUCAAGACAUCGACAAGGAGAAGAAGCAAAUCGCGUGGAAGAUGCUGGAAGGAGACCUCUGCGAGCUCUACAAGAACAUGCUCAUAACCGUGCACGUGGAGACCAAAGAUGGGGUCGACUUUAUCACCUGGACUAUUGACUACGAGCUCAUUGCUCUCGAUAAUCCUCACCCGCUUUCCCUCUUGAACUUCUUCAUCUGUCUCACUAAGGAAAUGGAGUCUCACAUUUUCGGAUAAGUCUUGCGGAUCUCACCAACCUACCCACAUAAUAAUCCUAUCUUCUUCUCCAUUUUAAUAAAUAAGUGGAGGUUUGGUCAAGUUUCUGCCAAUACUUUGUGUUGUACUACUAUCACGUUUCUUACUUUCUACUGCUAUUACAGAUUAUGGGUUCAGAAUUGAAA